AUGGCGGAUGACGAGAAGAAGGAAGAGAAGGAGGAGAUGGAGGAGGAGAUGGAGGAGGAGGAGUCAGCCAAAGGCGACGAAUCGGAUUACUUAAUUCCGGGAAUACCCGACGAAUCCUUGGGUUCCUUAAACACGAUCCAGUCGCCUAUCGUGUCCAAGGUUUCCAAGAUCGAGUCUUAUAUUUCAGGAGUAAAAGAAAAUCUGUCUACGAGAGGAUCGAGCGGGAGAGAAUCGUUGCGAGGAAGUCAGGCCAGAGAUCGGAGUUUUGAAAAUGGUAAGGUGCGCCAAGAAGCUUUGGAGGAGUCGUCCAAGAGCGAAGAGGGUAUCGGUAAGACCGAACAAAUACCGUUGAACGGUACAAAGAGCUCGCUGGAUAAAUUGGAACAAGUUCGGAAGCCUAGAAUCGGGAGACUGCAACGUCAAUGUCAGCGUCGUUUCCGCGAGAUAAUCGGCAAACGCGAGAUGAAGAACGAAGAGCUGGAGAAGCAGCAGGGCAACUUGAAACAGCGACUCAACAUACUGGAAUGUUCGAUGCCCGCGGUGAUGGUGUGGAAUAUCUGGCGAAUGACGCAGGGCGGCUCCGUUCCGAACCUUGGUCGAGUCCUCGAGAAACAGUUCCAGGGAGCCGCUUCGGGAGAGGUGUACUGUCCGAGCAGCCCCAGUCGUCACUUUGAUUGCAGGGUCAGAGAGGUCGAGGCUGAGAGGAAACAGGCGCAGAAAAGGCUGGAAGAGGCGCGAACGCUUUGGCACGAGAAGAUGGCCACUCUGGAGGACCGAGAGAAAAUGCUGGAGGAGGCCAGGAAACUCGAAAAGGAGCAAAAGGAGAGGAUCGAACAACUUGCCGUCGAGGCUCGGAAGCUAAGGGAAGCCAAAAGCGCCGUGGAAGACGAGGGAUCCUGCCAAGCUGGAGAAUGCGGGGUCAUCGAAUGUAAGAAAAAAUGGUUAGAUAAAGUACCAAGCAACGCUUCCAUAAAAUCGAGCGACAUCGAGUGCUUGGAGAAGCUGCAGGAACUAGCGGAGGCCGAGUUGAAUAUGAAAAGGCAGAUCGCCGACUUGGAGCGUCGAGAGGAGGACUACAUGAGGACACUCCAGCAAGCGGACGAGCUCUGGUCGAAGCUCGAGGGUGACGCGGCCAGCACGUUGAGCGGUUUGCAGGAGCAAUUGGACACAAAGACGGCUGCGAAUCAAGAAAUGGCUGAUCGUAUUUGCCAGCUGGAAGACGAGCUCGAAAAGCUCAGGACGCGAAUGGCCUCGUGCAGAUCCGAACUAGAAAAGUUCCUAAGUAUCGGAAAGAUCGAGACUCUGAUUGGCAGGGAUGACGACUUUGCGGACGUUACGGAUGGAACAACCUCGUUUGGAAUCGUAACUAAGCACGAAACGAUCGGUAGAGACGACGACUUUGCGGACGUCGAUGAAAAGGACGUUUCGAUCAUGAGAGAAAUGGCAGAGAAGGACACGCUGGCUCGACCGGAUAUGCACGAAGCUGGCCUGGCCAUUCAUCCGGACGACUUGAUUCGCGAGAACCAAAGACUGAUGGAAGCCGCGGAUUACCUGGCUCGAUUGGGUUCCCUUUCAGCGUUGGACGCCGACGAUGAUUACAUCUGUCCUCCGGACUUUGACUGCAACGACCUACAGCUCACGGAAACUGGUUUAACCGAGGAGGAGUUGAUCGCUUUUAAGGAAAACCGUGUCACGGCGAAGGAGCUGCUCGAGAAAGACACUGCCAGAAGAAAAGAAGCCGAAACGACGCCGACGCCUACGGAACGAGCGGAACAGAGAGGAUACGGAACGGCACCAGAGGCUAUAGGAGCACAGGAUCGAGUGUCGUCUAUACGAGAACAAGACGUUGACGUUGACGUUGACGUUGACGUUGGCGUUGGCGUUGUGGAGACUACAGGAACAAAAGUUGAAGCUUCGAUGGAACGAAAAGACGCGGAGGAAUUCGAGAGGGAAAGUCGCUACGAAAGGAUGCCUCCCAAAGAUGAUUCUAAAGACGAAACGAUAGGAGAAGAUAUCGUCGAGGCUGAUGCCGCGAUAAGUUUUGCCGAUAGGGUUGACGGACUCGUCGAACAGACCGAUCGUUUUUGGGACCAUGACAAAAUUCUCGUCUCGAAGAAUGACAUGUUAACAUGGCAGAACAAUGUCUUUGUAAUCCGUCAAACGAUUACUAAAUGUCCAGAGUGUCGUAUAGCGACGAAGGAUGCCGAUAAUUUGGCCGAGAUGCUAGCGCGAUAUAUUGGCACGGAAGCGAAGGAAGCAGCGAAGGAGGUUGCAUCCAUAGAAAAAGAGGUAAAAGUCGAAGAGGAAAUGGCUCGAGAAGAACCCGCAGAAAUUGAAGCAAAAGUCGCGCCAGAGGAUGAGACGGUGACAGAAAUUGAGGAAGUCGAGGUAAAAGUAGCAACGGUGGUGGUGGCGGAGGAGGAGGAGGAGGAGGUGACUGUAACAGCAGAACAAGAUGCCGAGUUAGUACCCGCGAUCCAAGUUACGGAUGAAAAAAGAGAAGAAAUCGAAACACCGAUAAUACCAGACAUUGAUGUAAAAUCGUCUGCUGAGACGAAAAUUGACGAGUAUCCGCCAGAGUCGGCCACGACACCGUCAGCAAAAGUCGUAAGCGAGCCAGCCGAUCGUGUCGUCGUACCCAAAGUUCCGGAUAGAUUCGACCGAACAGAAUCUCCGUUACGAUUAGACGAAGAGCAACAGGAAGAGAAAGAAACGCCAACGGAAAAACUUGAAGCGGAAAUUGUUGCUGAUACGCAUCGACCAUUAGUACCAGACGAACUAGAACUAACCGAAGCUAAACAAGUAGAAAUAAUACCAAAAGAGCAAGAGGUACGAGUAGAAAGGUUAGCGAUGAAAGAAGAUGGGGCAAAAGUACUACCGCCGAAGGAAGAGAAAGAAGAAGACCAGAUAGAUGUAGCGUCGAUAGAAUUAGAAAAGGAAAAAGACGCGCCUUCCGAGAAAGAAGAAGAGACAGAAGCGGAUAUAAAAACAAAGGAUCAAGUAUCGGUACCCGAAGUAGAGGAAUUGAAAGUUGGAGUCAAGGAGAUGCCAAAAAAAGAAGAAAUACCAGAGAAAGAAAAAGUAAAAGAUGAAGUUGGCGUAAUCCCAGAAGAAGAAAUAUCAGAAGGAAAGCAAGUACAAGUCAAAGUUAAGAUAAUACCAGAAGCAGAAAUACCGGAAGAAGAGAAAGUAAAAGUUGAAGUCGAGCUAAUACCAGAAGCAGAAGUACCGGAAGGAGAGAAAAUAAGAGUCGAAGCCGAGCGAAUACCAGAAGAAGAAGAAAUACCGGAAGGAGAGAAAGUAAAAGUUGAAGUCGAGCUAAUACCAGAAGCAGAAGUACCGGAAGGAGAGAAAAUAAGAGUCGAAGCCGAGCGAAUACCAGAAGAAGAAGAAAUAUCGGAAGAAGAGAAAGUAAAAGUUGAAGUUGGCGUAAUCCCAGAAGCAGAAAUACCGAAAGGAGAGCAAGUAGAAAUUCAAGUCAAGCGAAUACCAGAAGAAGAAGAAAUACUGGAAGGAGAGCAAGUAGAGGUUGAUACAAUCAUCGUACCAGAAGAAAAAGAAGAAAUAAAAGUUGAAGAAAUUCUAGAACCGGAAGAAAAAGAAGUCGAACUCGAAGCAGAAGCACUGGCAGGUGCAAAAAUAGAUAUAGAAGGCGAACAAAUAAUACCAGAAGAAAAAGAAAUAGUCGUCGAGAUAAAAGUAAGGGAAGAAGAAACGGAGGAAACACCAGACGAACAACUAGAGGUGAAGAUACAAGUACUACCAGAGGAAGUGGAGGAAGCUAAAUUAGGAGAAGAAAUUGAGCAGGAGAUAGAUCAAGUUCUCGAAAAAGAAGCGGUCGAAAUAUUAUCGAAAGAAGAACCAUCUUCGCCCAAAGACCGAGAGGAAUCGGUUGUAAAAGUGCCAGAUGCGAUUGCAUCUGUUGAAAUUGCAGCCAGCGAAAUGGAAGAGAUUUCACUUGCUUGCGUGUGCGAAGAAACACCUAGCGUUCCAUCGACAACUUGUACGAUGGAAGUGCAAGAGGAACAGGAAGAAGAAGAAACGUCGCUUCCGUGUGUAUGCGAAGAUCCGCCUAGCACUUUGCCAGAAACUCAUCCUCCGGUUCAAGUGGAAGAUAUGUCUUCUAUUUGCGUAUGCGAAGAAUCGCUGAAAAUUUCACGGGAUACCCAUGCCGUGGAAAGCCUUUCGCAGCCCGAUCAAAAAUAUACUCCAUCUCCGUGCACGUGUAUAUCGGGAACCGUGACGACUCCGUAUCCAUCGGUGGAGCCAAUCGCGAAAAUGGAGAUGACUCAAACGGAGAUUACUCGGAUGGAGAUGUCCAAGACUAGGAUGCAAACGAUAACGCAAACAGUGUCCGAUAUCGGGACGCAAACGUGGACACAGACGCAAACGCAGACACAGUCGCUGUCGCUGUCGCUGUCGCUGUUGGGAGAGAGGAUGACGAGACGCGGUCAUCAGACUAAAAUCAUAACCGGUACGAGAAGAGUCGAUCCAGAAGCAGAAAUCAUGGAGGUACCGACUCGAUGGAAGAAGGUUUCGAAAGAGUCAUCGAUGAUUAGGAAUAACAGCGGUUCUCAGACAGAGAAAUCGAGUUUCCUUCGUAUCCUUCGAUCUCUCAAGUCCAGCGUAGCCUAUUCCAAGUACGAGCACGAACAGGAACUUGGAUCUAUUCGGUACGGUAAAAGAUCGGAAGAAGCCGAGGCCGAGGGGGUAUGCGAUUGCUGCAUGUGCGGUAAGAUGAUUCCCAGUGCAUUACCGAGCCCAAAGUCCCCAUCAGUGGAAUACCAAUCGUCCGUGAUCAGAUUCCUCUCGGCGCUGCCUACGUCGAACAAGCCUGAACCAGCUGGAAUCGACCAAGCGGUGCAGCACGAGUCGAUGUGCCCUGUCUGCAAGAUUAAAAGACUCCAGAUGUCUUUGCGAUCUCAGGAUUCAUCGAAACAACAACUAGUUGUACCCGCGAUCGCUAAGAAACUUACGCGUGAUCAACAAGUCAGCGUCUGUGGACAUUCGACGAGAACACCGCCUCGCACCACGUUCAACCAAAAAACCGAUCAAAGUUGCAUGGUAAACAUUUCGAAAAUCAAGCUCGAACGAACCAGGAGAAUAGACUUGUUCGUCGAAACUGUCGUUGCGGGAAAGGAUGCGCGGCAAAGGAUGAUGGUACCGCGAGAACAAGUUGAACAAGAAGACAAAGAGGAAUCAAAGGAAGAAGGCCAGUUGGAGGAGAAAGCCUCGAUAGACUGUCUUUGCAGCGAGUCGAUCGAAACGGAAUCCGGAUUGGUAAAGAGAGUGCGGUGUGCUUGCGGUGAUCCUGAUUGAUUUGCAUGCGCGCACAUGCUCUUAGGGGACGGAUAAGAUAUAUCGCGGAAUUGGAAACCGCUAGAAGAAUGCGUUCGCCACGCAAACGUAGCAACGAACGCGCUCAACGAAAGCUUCCGACCGAGCAAACGCCAAAAUAGAAUCGUAGAUGGAUGCGACAAAGGAAAUUGUAUGGUAUGUAAUUUCCAGUAAUGUAGCCGGUUCGAUGGUACUCUUCUAAAAUCAAUACCAGAGAGCCAUUGCAGAGGAGAAUGGUAGCCCUUUCAUCUGUUCGAUGCGUAAUAGGAUCAGCUAUCGACAUCAAAUUAAAUUUCAGCCCGGGCUUGACAAAAACGCGUGUGUCUAGCUAGAGUUUGUCCAUGGUUCUGACAAUUUUGUCUAUUCCAGUCAAAUGUAAAUUUGUAAUAAAAUCGACUCGCGUGAACGUUGGCCAAACCGUGUUCGUACCUUACGAUUAAAGAUACUCGCAAA